UUUAGCAUUUUUAUGUAGUAAUCAUAACAAUCAGAUUGAAAAUUUCUUUCAAAUAUGUCAUAAGGGUGCGAAGGGUUGGGGACGAACAAGUUCCUCAGGUUUGCUCUGUUAUAUUUUACAGCAACAGUCAGAUUGUCAUUUCCUCUUCACAGCAGUCCUGCUGAGAACACAAACAUGCAAAAGGAGUUAAUGCCCUAUUGGAAUCUCACUGUCACCGUGUUGCGAGGGAAAAUAAGAAGCUCACGUGACCUCUUUUCUAGGUGUGACUGCUACAUCCUCUUGAAAUUACCCACGGCCUGUGCCUGCUGUCAUCGAACCAAGACUGUCAGAAACAACAAGGCUCCUGAAUGGAAUGAAACCUUUUCAUUCAGAGUACACAGUGGUGUCAAGAAUAUUCUGGAAUUGUACAUAUAUGAUGAUGACCGCUUUACAAGAGAUGACUGCUGUUCGACCAUUCUCUUUGAUAUCAGUAACCUUACACUUGGACAAAACCUAAAAAAAUGCUUCAUUUCAGAUGAUAAGAAAAGCAAUGAACUGUGGGUUGAGUUUAAGAUGACCGAAAGCUCUGAGAGCCCCAAGCCCUACUUCUCUAAUGGAGUGUUGAUGGCUGGUCCAUUCUGUGCACUUGACGUAAAGGCAGAAACACUUAGGAGUAAUGUGAAUAACCUGCUAUUAAAACUGAGAGGUGCAUUUAAGGAGGACUGCUUGAUCUCAGACUCUGAGGAAAAUCCCAGCUUCUCAGAAACCAUGCGCUACUACAUCAAUAGAGACCUGGAGACCGAAUUUAGUCUCAUGCCAUCACAGGAUGUGACAGAAGUGGAUGGUGCAAACGUGAAUGCUGUAAACCCUCUGUCCUCGAUCUAUAUGAAACAAAUACCCGCUAAAAAACAGUUCAAACUCUCUAUGCCUGUUAAAGAGGGUACUGUAGAUCUGCAAGUAAACCAAGAGGAUCGUUCUAAUGAAGAUAUGAAUGUACGUCUUGGUUUUGAUAUCCCGAUGGAAGAAAAUCAAUUUCUGGUAAAGAGGAGAAAAGUUGUGUCAAAAGCGCUACAGAGAGCUCUGAAACUCACCUCUCCUCCUGAACCCAGCAAGGUGCCAGUGGUGGCUGUGGUGUGUUCUGGAGGUGGGUCGAGGGCAAUGACGGGCACAUAUGGAAGUCUUAGGGGACUACAGAAGCUCCAGCUUCUUGAUGCUGUCACCUACAUCACAGGGGUUUCUGGCUCCACCUGGACUUUGGCAUCUCUUUAUGGUGAUGCUGACUGGUCAAGCAGUGAUCUGAAUGUGACUAUGGAGUCUGUGAAAAAGGAGAUCUCUAAAAGUGUGUUCAGUUUAUUUUCACUAGAGCAGCUACGACACUACAGAGAAAAGAUGAAAGAGAAAGAAAAACAAGGACAUCUCGUCUCUCUCAUCGACAUGUGGGGUCUGGCUGUAGAGUAUCUUAUCCAAGGAAAGAAAACAAUGGUGACACUCUCUGAACAGCAGAAGGCCCUCUUAAAGGGCCAGAACCCACUUCCAAUCUACACAGCUCUCAACAUGAAGAAUGGCAAGACUGGAAGUACAGUGGAGUCUGAAUGGUGUGAAUUCACGCCGUAUGAGGUUGGAUUUCUCAAGUAUGGAGCCUUCAUACCUGCACAGAACUUUGGGAGUGAAUAUUAUCUUGGUCACUUGGUCAGGCAACUCCCUGAAACUGGAGUGUUCACUCAGUUGGGAAUAUGGAGCAGUGUUUUCUCUCUGAGUUUGACUCAGAUUUGGAGUGUUGUCACUGGAGUCAUUCCAUCCUGGGCUCACAAGAUUGGAGAGGACGUGACACAGACAGACACGGAUGAUAAAGCGUCAACGCUGGACACGCUACACAUCAGUCCUAUGACUGAAAUGGCAAAAAAGCUGAGCAACUUUCUGACCUGCCGCCCCAUUAUCAGUCAAGCAAACAACUUUCUGAGAGGUUUCCACAUGCAUAGGAACUACUGUGAGAACAGUGACUUCACCACAUUGGAGGAAACCCAUCCAGAUGCUUUCCCUAAUUCUCUGACACCAGCCGACACUACGGUUGGACUUAUAGACUCUGCUGUUGUGAUCAAGUCAGGAUUUCCUCCAGUGCUUCGCCCUAAAAGACGUGCAGAUGUCAUUCUGUCUCUGAACUACGCUUGGGAUGUUGACCACUUUAAGCCCCUUAAACAAACUCACAAGUACUGCAGCGAUCGCAAGAUUCCAUUUCCAAGGAUUGAUUUCAAAAAGUUGGAGUCCGAGCCGAUGAAAGAAGUUUAUGUGUUUGAGGAUAAAGAAAAUCCAGAGGCUCCCAUAGUGCUUCAUUUCCCCCUGAUCAACAUCACAUUCAAACAGUUCAAGGCUCCUGGAGUGAAGAGAGAGGGUAUGACUGAGAUGAAGGAUGGAGAUUUUGACAUUGACUACACCACUUCCUCAAGUCCGUUUGCUACCUCCAGACUGACUUAUGCACCUGAGGACUUUCAGAAAUUGGCCGACCUCACCACCUACAACAUUGUUAACAACAAAGAUAUCAUUUUAAACACACUUAAUAAAGCCAUGAAGAAGAACAUGGAGGGAACUUCUGUACACACACAGAUGACCCAAUCGCGUGUCAGUUUCAAUAAGAGUUUUUAAAGGGGUUUAGAAUUGAUCUGGAAUGUUCAGAGACUAACAGAAUAAAGCAGAGUAGAGAUUACAUUUUCCUUAAACUGAAGUCGAGAAAGUAAUAAAUAUGAACAAUCUGCUUGCUUUUACAUUUCUGGCCGCUAGAUGGACUUACUGGAGUGGCUUAGAGCCAGGCUGUGUGACGUUUUAUAAAUCUUCAGUUUACUAAAUUACAUUGAAGCACUUCCUCCAAUAUAUUUUACCUUUUUUUUGUUAAAUGUGACUGAUAAUUUUUUCAUAGAAACUUUUCUCUGUUAAAAUGUUUUGGGUGUUUGUCAGGAAUUUUGGAGCCUGUAAUGGUUUGCACGGAGGAAAUUAAUUGAAUUUAUAUUUUUUAGAAAGUCCAUGAAAAGUCUUUGCAUUAUUGUGAAUUUCAGUGUACUUUUUUAAGGACACUCUCAUAAGGUUUUACAAGAUAAAAUUAAAGAAUUUAACAUUAUUUGACAACAUUUUGUUUUUACUUAAGAAUUUUGUGCAUAAUUUUUAGACCUGUACAGACAAGACAUCUCCAGUAUUAACAGUUGAAAUAAAUAUCACAGUGAUACUUAAA